AUGUCGCAGCCUGACAGCUCUUCAAUUCCCAUUUCCUCCUUUAACAUAACAACAUCACAAUCCCAACAGGCAAACCCCACCACCAUCACUCCAAGCUCUCGAGCUUUGCAGCCUACUAAUAACAACUCAACAAGUUCCCUCUUCGUUCGCCGUGUGAUCGUGGCAAUAGUUUUAUUGUUUGUCACAAUACGCACCUUCAACUUCAUUGCGUGGCGUAUCCUUCAACCACUCCCUCCUGUUUUUGAAGUAAACUCCUUUAACAUUUCAAUUAGUCACGGCCCAAACUCACCGCCAAACACAAGUUAUUAUGACAUUGCAUUCACCAUUAGAAACCCGAACAUGAAGCUGAGCUUGUUUAUGGACCAUUUUAAAAUCCUUGUGUUGCAAGGAAAACCAAAGGUCUCAAGUGAUCAGUGGAUGCUUACGGAUGAAUCUGUGCACCUAAGUAAGAACCGAAUGGACUUUCAUGCGCUUAAGCUCAAAGGCUUCGUCAGGAUCAAAAAGGGAGUCAAUUUUAAUGUUCAAGUGAAUCUUAGGACAAAAUUCUUGGCUUGGAAUUGGUUGUCCCACAGGGAAUUCAUGGUGGUUUACUGCAGAGAUUUGCAUGUAAGAUUUUUAUCCGCAAAAUGGAAGGGGAGUUUUACUGGUGAAAAAGGGGAAUGCUUAGUCAAUGUUGUCUAG